CGCAGACUAAAAGUCACGUUGGGAGGAAAAGGGGAGAGAGAGAUAUCUGCUUACAGCUGCUGUCAGAUAUCCGAUCGCCUUCGCAUGGCGAGGAGGUAACCUGAUCGAGCUGGGAGGAGUGACUCUACCAGGGAAGGCUUGAGCAAAAAGAAAAAAAAAUGUCUUCUUCUUCUGCCGGAGAGGUCACAACAGCAAAUGACAUCAAGAGGGAAAAUGUGAAGGAGGUGGAUAGGCGGGAGUGCAUCAAGCUUGUGGAGCUGGACGCGGCGGAGUUGUCCAUGGAGCGCGCGACUCCAGGCGCUGACGCGGUGCGCACGGAGCUGCUGGUGAGCGCCGCUUCCUCCCUGGCUUUCUCCCCGGAGCAAGUGGCGUGCGUGUGCGAGGCGCUGCAGCAGGGAGGCAACGUGGACCGGCUGGCGAGGUUCCUGUGGUCCCUGCCCCAGAGCGACCUGCUCCGCGGCAACGAGAGCAUCCUGAAAGCGCAAGCGCUCGUCGCGUUCCACCAGGCUCGGUACCAGGAGCUGUACAGUAUUUUGGAGAACCACAACUUCAAUCCGACCAACCACACCUUUCUGCAAGAUCUGUGGUACAAGGCCCGGUACACCGAGGCGGAGAAGGCGCGGGGGAGACCCCUGGGCGCGGUGGAUAAGUAUCGGAUCCGGAGAAAGUACCCUCUCCCCAGGACUAUCUGGGACGGCGAGGAGACUGUUUAUUGUUUCAAGGAGAGGUCGCGGAACGCGCUGAAGGAUCUCUAUAAUCAGAAUAGGUACCCGUCUCCUGCAGAGAAGCGAAAUCUCGCCAAGAUAACAGGACUCUCCUUGACCCAGGUCAGCAACUGGUUCAAAAACAGGAGGCAGAGGGACAGAAACCCGUCGGAAGCACAAUCCAAAAGUGAAUCUGAUGGCAAUCACAGCACAGAGGAUGAGUCCAGUAAAGGCCAGGAGGAGCUGUCCCCUCGUCCUCUCUCCAAUUCUUCAGACGGAGUUAUAACACAUGGGAGCCUCCCUAUUCACGCAGGACCUCUGGACGGAGGGGUCGUCAUCCAACAGAUUGGGGACAUCAAGAUGUCCACUGGCUCCAGCAGUGGCGGCCUCUACAAUGGAAGCCUGGUUAGCAGUAACACUUCCUCCACUGUGUUUCACAACGGUGGCUCGUCCUACCUCCACUCACCUGGAAACAUCCUCUUCAACGGGCUCAAUUUGGGCAUCCAGCCGUUGGCGUUCAACCCACUGAGGUCGCCUGGUGGGGUGCUGCUGGGGGGCUCUGGAGCAGACUUGCAGAUGCAGACUGGACAGGAGAAAGGACUGGGCAGUGCUGAGGAGUCCACCCUGCAGUACUCCUCGUACUCCAGCUGUGUGAACGGGGCGGAGGUGAAGCUGGAGGGUAUUCACUCCAUGGCCGCCCAAAACGGAGGCUCCUCUGUUCUCACGUUCAGCUCACCCUCAGGUGCUCUGCAGGUGGGUGGCUACAGCCUGGUCCACGUACCAGGUGGGGUCUCUGACAACGAUGGCAACUCAUUACUCAGCAGUGAUGCAGGCCUUCCUCCCCUGCAGCUCUCCUCUGCCUCACCUUCCUCAGCAAUCACACAACAAGGUAACAUGUCUCUGAGUAAUGUGGCGGUGAGCUCCUCCAGCGACGACUCAUUCCAGCAACAAGACAAGCUGACCAUGACGUCUCUGCACCACAGUACAGUUCUUUACAGCAUGAACAACGCUGGACAGGCGCCCAUCAAGAAGGAGCCUCUGGAGGGAGGGGUUUACGCCUCGUACCACCCCGGGCUCCACAUGGAUCCCAGCGGUCAGAUCAGCUACGCCGAUCCAAACGGCGAGGAGAUCUCCUCCACCUCCACCAGCGAGGUGACCGCUGUCAGCUCGUCCAGCCCCGUGCCGGAGGUCUACACCACCCUAACCAACAGCACGCCCCUGAUGGCUCAAACAGACCCAAACGCCAACCACCUACAGCCUACAGAGUACCUCGCGACCCACGAGGUGCCACGAGGGGCCCCCUCCUCCCACCUGAUGGGGCCCAGCUUGAACAGCAACUACAUGAACCUUUCAGAGACCAAGGUGGACGGCUCGAGGUCGGGGGUCAUGAAUGAGAUGGUGCAGGCGAUGUGCGGAGAGAUGGAGGCUGUGGAGGGGAAGGAGCUAGCCAAACUACAGACAGUACAGAUGGAUGAGGACAUGUCUGACCUCUAG